CUCACAUGUAUUAUAACUUAUAAGAGCGGUUUUAUCAAGCUGGGAAGCUGCAGUAGGCCUAUGUAUACGAGGAGUUAAAUACCCAGUGGAUAAUGUUAGAGAAGAGAACUACACCAGCAGACAUGAGCUUCAUAUCGAAUGCUGACCGUGGAAGGCUUGUAUGGGCCAAGAUAGCAGGUAGCAGAGCAUGGCCAGGUGUUAUUGUGAACCAUGAUGACUGUGGCAUGAAAAGACCCUCCCUGAGUAGUGCUUGGGUAUUUUGGUUUGCAGACAACAGAGUAUCACCGGUACCUGUAAGAAAGAUAAUGGAUUUUGCCGAGAAUUUUAGAAGUAGUUUUUCCAACACGCAGAGUGGCACAUAUAAAACAGCAGUUUUGGAAUGUCUUCAGGAAUUUCGACAACAGUGUAAAUUGGAAGUUUUAGACUCAAAAUUUUCAUUGGUGAAUUGGGCUGUAAAUGACUUCCCCAGUGCAGUGAAUUUUGAACAAAAUACAGAUAUACAUCUGUCUCCCAAGGUUGAACGUUGUUUAUGUCGAAUAAAGAAGACACUGCUGAGGACAGCCUCUUCCUCCUCAUCAUCACAAUCUGACAGUGUGGAUUCAUCAAAUGCUAAUGAGAGGCAGAACUCGAAACCUAAAGAUCUCCUCUUAAAGGCAGCCCGUGAUGGGAAAUAUGACAUAGAGACACUGUGUAUAUCAUGUGACCAAACUGAUUGUGAAGUAGUAUCCCCACAUCCUUAUAUUAAAGGAGGCACUUGUGGAGUUUGUAAAGAAGAAUUUGAAGACAACAAAUUAGCCUGUGAAGAGGAUGGAUCAAAUGAUAUGUACUGUGCAGUGUGUGGGAGUCUUGGUGAAGUUCUUGAAUGUGAUGAACCAGACUGUAAAAGAGUGUUUUGUACUUGGUGUGUUGAGCUGCUAGUAUCACCAAGUGCAGUACAACGCAUCAUUGAAACAGAUCCCUGGCACUGUUUCUUGUGUAAGCCAUACCAUCCAGAUACACAUGGUCUUAUUCAACCAAGAAUGAAUUGGCAGGAAAAGCUGGCUGCUAAAUCUGGCAAUCAUCAAUCAAAUUCAUGUAAUAUGAUUUUGGAGGAUGACGUACCUGAUAAAUCAACUUUUCCAAAUAGACCGCUAAGAGUCCUCUCCCUCUUUGAUGGUAUUGGCACUGGCUUUUACGCACUGGAUAAACUUGGUCUUGAAGUAGAAGCAUAUUUUGCUUCUGAAAUAAAUAAAUCUGCAAUGAAUGUGGCAACCUUAAACUUUGGAACAAAAAUUACCUUCAUUGGAGAUGUUCAGAACUUUACCAAUGGACAGAUUACUGAGAUAUGCCCAAUUGAUCUUCUCAUUGGAGGUUCCCCUUGCAAUGACUUCAGUUUUGUCAAUCCAAACAGAAAAGGAUUAUUUGAUCCUACUGGUAGUGGAAUUCUUUUCUUUCAUUUUUUCCGUGUCCAGAAAACUAUUCAAGCUGUCAAUGGCAACACUCAUCUCUUCUGGUUAUUUGAAAAUGUUUCAAAUAUGCCUCAAGAAAUCAAGUUGCAUAUCAACAUAUUCCUUGAGAAAGAACCUGUCAAGAUUGAUGCAAAGUACUGCUCUCCUCAAAGACGACCAAGAUAUUUCUGGGGCAACAUACCAGGAAUGCGCAGACCUUUCCCACCAGAGAUGGAGAAAGAUCAAGAUUUGAGUCGCUGUCUUCUCAAGAUCAGUGGACGUAAAGCUGUGGUGAAGAAAAUCAACUGUGUUACAACAAAUUCUGCCUCUUUGAAACUUGGUGGUUUAUCACAAUGGCCUAUUCGUAUGAAUGAUAUAGGUGACGUACCAUGGAGCACAGAGAUCGAAAAGAUCUUUGGAUUCCCACAACAUUACACCGAUGUUGGUAAUCUAACUCCGAAAGAGAGACAAACUCUACUAGGGAAAUCAUGGAGUGUUCCUGUUGUAUUACACAUCCUCAAACCUCUAACAAAAUACUUCCCAAGAAAGAAGAAGCACUUAACAAUUGAUGAAAGUAACAAUACAGUGCAAAGUAAAAAACAGCAGGAUCCUACAUUGAACCCUACAAUUGAGGAUGAAGUACAGCUUUCAUCAAAUAUUCUAAAUACCAUUGAUGCUAAUGUGGCAUCAUCUACAAUUUUACCACCAUCCAGUACAUCAGAUUCAUUAAGAAGAGAUGAAAAUAUGCUCUCAGAGUCAUCGGUUACUGAAACUGAAAUAUCUCGGAAUGUGUUGAGUGCUGGUGCUGCAUCUUAUUCACCACUGGUAUCAGACAGCAAGAUGGUCACUGUUGGACCAGAAAUGAAUAGCAUGAUGUGUGGAGGUGAUGAGGAAAUGACUCCUGAUGACUUUUCCUUAACAAGCAAUGAAGAGCAGUUUGCUGAGGAGCACAAUACAGCACAUGGUAAAGCAGCAGUAUCUGUAACAACAGCUUUGGCUAAAACAAUUUCACCAAAAGAAAUCCAUGUUAGUGACAUUGAGCUACAAAACAAUGUAUCAGAACAUAGUAUAGAAAAUGAUGAAGAAAUGCAAGAUGAGCUGUAUUUAACAUUGCUUGAAGAUGAAAAUAUAUGUGGAAGUUCACCCAUGUACACAAGCAAAAAUACAGAUAACCAAUACACUAGAAAAUCUUUGGAUAAUAGUAAUCACAACCUGACUGAUGAGGCAGUGUUUGUUCCCAGAGAUAUUAUGAGCUCCAGACCAGUUUCUACUGGAAAUAUGUUUAGCUCCAAGAAUAUUUUGGAGACAAAGGCUGAAUCUCAAUCAUUACGUUCAAAGGAUAGGGCAAAUAAUCUUAUUGCUGCUAAGCCCUAUACUUUACGCAGUAUGAAGAUAAAAGAAUUACGUUCUGUCAGAAAAAGUACCUCCAAAAUGAGAAUAAACCAUCAGAAACUAAAAAAAUUCUAAUAAAGAAAACUCAGGAAAAAAAGCCUUAAAGCUGGCAUAUUGGAGAAUAUUAACAUUGAUCCACUUAUUGAUGAUGUUUUUUUAAUAUGUAAUUAAGAACGGUGUAUUUGAAUUGAAAGGAAAAAGAUAUGUACAGCCUCUUCCAUAUCCAACUGUUACAAUCAGUGUUGUUAAUCCACCUUCUCCAUGUGGUGUGAACCCUGGGAGUGUACACUCUUGAAUCCAAAGCAUUCACGAGUGCAGGA